GCGCAGAAGUCACAAAGUGCGAGAUCCAAGAUGGCGGCCGAGGCUGCAAAAGUCAUAUUUCUGUUGUUUUCAACUUUUCUUUCUAAACUUUUAAGUUACAGCCAAGCUUCUCUCUUACCAACGUGUACCCACCAAGUAGGCGACAAGAAAUUUACAAUAAUCAGAAGGGUUUGGGAAUAUAGAUCAGAUGGACACACAUACAUGAUUGAUCUAUGCGAUCAGCUCCUGAAACCCACUGAUUGUAGAGGGGCAGCGAUCUGUAAGCUCCGAGGCAGUGCCGACAAUGGUUUUAAUUUGGGACUCUUCUCGAAGACCACGAAAGAAUUGUUCGGAGACAACGCGGGAUAUUCAAUAGAAUUCACGAAUAAAGAUGGAAAGUGCGAAGAUAAAUCACAAGGAGGGGUGACGUCUAGAAUUCUCAUGCGAUGUGGAAAAUACAUGGGAUAUCCUGAACUGAUAGAUCACUAUACAACAGACAAGGAUUGUGUGUACAUAUUUGAGUUCAUAACAAAUCAAGCAUGCAAUAUUCCACCUACUGCGGCAGAGGUACCAUGUUCCUUCUACAGCCCCCUUGAUGGCAAGAAAAGGGACUUGACGCCACUUAUUAAGACUAAAGGUGGCCAUCAAGUUGCAAGUGACAAUCCCUCGCUUGAUUUCCAUAUCAACAUCUGUCGAGAGAUCACCCCAACAACAGGCCACACCCAACACUGUCCUGCUGGCAGCGCCGCAUGUAAUGGCACAGCUAGCAAAGGGGACAUCACCCUUGCUUCAAUGCCUAAGGCCACAUCCAAAUAUGAGAUUGAGAUAUGGUAUAACGUGUCUAAGACGGUACCAGGAUGUCCAGGAAAGCCCUUUACCAAGAUAACUUUGGCUUGUCCUAAGGAGCUCCAUCAAGCGGGUGUGCGAGGACCCAUCAUGACCUCCUCAGUGAACUGCUUGUAUGAAGUGUUCUGGGAGACUCAGUUUGCAUGUCCGCAAGAGACACUCAUGUCUAACAACAGUUGCGUUCUGACAAACGACCUUGUCCAGUUUGACCUCACACCAUUAAAGCAAGAUGGGGUUAACUACAAAGUGUAUCAUUUGGGAGCAGAUAAAAAGAACUAUACUUACUUUAUCAAUGUGUGUGGAUCUACAAACAUACCAUGUGAACCUGAUGGUACAAAUGCAUCUGUGUGUCAGAUAAUUCCGGACUCUCGACAAGUCGUUUCCCUUGGCGUGUACUACAAACAAGAGCUUCGCUAUGCAGACGGCGAGCUCACCCUCACAUACAAGAGCGGCAAGACGUGCCAUUCUGGCUUCAAACGUGAGACUGUCAUCACCUUCAAGUGCAACCCUUCCAUUGAUAAGGGACUCCCUGUAUUCAGCAAUGAAUUGUACUGUUUGUAUUUGUUUGAAUGGGAAACUAAAUACGCAUGUGCUCCAUCUAGACGAACAGGUUCUGGCUGCCGUGUUGAGAAUAAUAAUGGUGUACGGUUCGAUUUGUCUGAGCUCGUUCGAGUGGACCAGCCAAAUUGGUUAGCAAUCGAUGGAGAAUCUGGAAGCUCGGGAAAACAACUCUACAUCAAUGUGUGUGGAAAGCUCAGUAAGGACAAUAGAACGUCAGGCUGCAAGCUUGGCUCAUCGGCUUGUAUGAUACUCAAGGAUGGUGCACACAAUUUGGGCACAUACAGUGACCCACCGGUUCUUAAUCCAGACAAUUCGGUGAAGCUUGUUUAUAAGGAGGGUGACGAAUGUGUGAAUGGAAUCAAAAGGACUACUACUAUCACCUUUGUUUGUCACCCCGGUGACCUGACCAGUCCCCCUGUACUCGUGGGUCACUCGCAGGAUAACUGUCAGUUCACAUUCAUUUGGAAAACCGCUGUGGCGUGCCCUUUGGGAGUGAACGUUGGUGAGAACUGUAAGGUACAAGACCCAGAGGCAGGCUAUGUGUUUGACCUGAGUCCCCUCUCGACUGCUAAACCUCCGUUCAGCAAGAACUCCUACUUCACAGCUAACAGCACAGGCUCUGGCUAUGAAUUCUUUCUUAAGGUGUGCUCGGCUUUCAACAUUUCUAACACGAAAUGCAUCAAUGCCGGCGCCUGUCAGCAGAGCAAGCAGAGCACGUAUCUGAUUGGUCGACCCAAUUCACGCCUUCAUUACUACGAUGGGAUCAUUAGGCUUACAUACCAAGACGGGGACGUUUGCCGACAUAAUAAACAGCCACGGAAAAGCCACAUCUCCUUCAUGUGUGACCCACUGGCCCUGUCAAAUGGAAUCGGCUCUCCCGUAUAUGACAGCGAAGACGAGUGUACAUAUCACUUUCGAUGGUUCACCAAGUACGCAUGUCCGGCUAAGGUCAUCGAGUGCGCAGCGCAUGCCGGGAGCGACCAGUACGACCUGUCGUCGCUGGUGAAAACAGACGAUAACUGGGUCGCCAGUGUCAAGCCGACCCUGCUUAGUCCGGGCAAGUUCUACAUCAACAUCUGCCGGUCUCUCAACUUGAGACCGGAAGUGGGCAACUGUUUGGGUACUUCUUCCGUCUGUUUGAUUACCAACAAGGGAAGUGCGAUCAACCUCGGAUCAGUCAACGAGGCAUUGAAGGUGGAGGCUCAGGACUCAGUCAGUCUUACCUACAGUGGAGGCGAUGCCUGUGGAUUAGGAGGGAAGUACAGUGCAGAGAUACUUUUCAUUUGCAAGAAGGGGGCAACGGACACCUCACCAGUCUUCCAAGGCACGGAUAAAUGCAAGUACAUGUUCCGGUGGGAAAGCGCUGCCUCUUGUCGCAUUACCAACGUGAUUGGCGCCAACUGCUCUGUGCAGGACCCAAAAUCGAGCACUGUGUUCAACCUUCUCCCUCUCAGCAAGCCCACACUCUCCCCCUACACCCUCACCACCCUGGACGGGCGCACUUUUAAGCUGAACAUCUGUGGCAAGAUCAGAUCAUGUAAUGCGGACAGCAGUGCGGAAGUUGGCGCGUGCUUGACGGAAGUCGGCAAAAGUACCAUCAUUGGUAUUCAGAGCCAAAAGCUGGAGUUUCGAGGGGAGACCCUUGUGCUAACAUACAGUGAUGGUGACCGCGAUGGCGUGACAGGCUUACCUCGUAUCACCCGCAUCCGGUUCUACUGCGACCCUACCACCCCUCUGGGGCAACCAAAGUUUAUAGAGCAAGCGAGCGAGGCCGAGGGCGAGGCCUACUACUUUGAUUUCCAGACGUCUCUGGCGUGCUCCGCUAAGCAGGUCCAGUGUGCGAUUGAAGCCAACGGCAUGAAGUACGACUUGACACCGCUUGCUUUACAGACAGGAAACUGGGAUGCUGUUGAUGUGAGACCUUCCAAGAAGCACCUUCACUACUACAUUAACGUGUGCAAGCCAUACAACCAGCCCGUGGGCGGGAGCUCCUGCCCCGGAGGUCCCAUUGGCGUAUGCCAGGAGGAUCAUAAAUUGAACACGGGUCAUAACCUUGGAUACGUGCAAAGUAACCCUCAAGUCUCGGGCGUGGACCAGGUGACAAUCCGCUACUAUGGGGGCGAUGGGUGCCAUGACAAGUUUAACAGAAGCACAAGAAUUAACCUGCACUGCUCCAAGACGAUGGGUUCUCCAAUUUUCACAACGGAGACACCUGAGUGCGAGUACGUCUUUGACUGGAAGACACCGAGCGCAUGUCAUCUGACUAGAACCGCUGGCCCGGGUGACUGCAGCGUCACAGAUGAACAAUAUGGAUACCGAUUUGACCUGUCAAGCCUGUAUAACAAAAACAAGGAUUACCAGAUUCGCCUUGGCAGUGCUACUCUCUCACUAAACGUGUGUAACCCGACCAAGUCUUGUGGGGCAAAUCAGGGAGCCUGUUACACCGAACAAUCCGCAAAAAGUCUGUCUCUUGGAGACUUCAGCAAAGUCCUGACGUAUUUUGACGGCGAGAUAACGUUGCGUUACGCAAGCUCCCAGUGCUCGGUGCUCAUCAUAUUCGAGUGUGACGCGUCCAAACGAGGCUCUGGUAACGGACCAGUGUUUGAGAGCAAGGCCGACAAGUGCAACUACACACUCCGCUGGGCGACCGACCUGGCGUGCCGUCCAAUGACACAUGUUCAGUGCAGCGUACGCAAGGAGCUGGCCAGUGGUGACGAGCAGUACGACUUUGCCCCACUUGCAAAAAGCGACACAAACUGGAAGGCAAUCAGCUCUGACUCAAACGUCUACUACAUCAACAUGUGUCGAUCGUUGGUUCAUCGUAACGAAACUUCUGGUUGCAGCCCAACAGCAGGAGUCUGUAAAUAUGACCCUUCCAAGAAAAAGUAUAUGAAUCUCGGGAGUUUAGCAAAGGGACCCCAACUCGUGAACUCCAAUAUUUUCUUGCUUUACGAAGGCGGCGACGCAUGCGCGAACGGUAAAGUCGCUUCUACGAGAAUCCUAAUGGAGUGUGGGGGCUCAGAAGAGGCAGCCCCUCAGUUCGUUAGCAAGGAUGAGCAGGACUCUUGCCGCUACGAGUUCCUAUGGAAUACCAAGUACGCAUGCGCUAUCAAUGAUGUCAAUCAAACUGUGACGAACGACUGCAAGGCCACCAACCCCGUGACCAACUACCAGUUCGAUAUCAACAACUUGCGUGACAAGAAAUCCGAUUAUAACGUGACAACUCUGACUGGUUACUACUUUCUGAUCAACGUCUGCGGGACUCUGAAUUCCAAAAAUGAUUGUGGCGACAAAUCCUCCUCUUGCCAGCUUCUUUCUUCAGACCCGAAGUUCCACUUCAACGCAGGCAACACAAACAGCCAAAUAAGAUUCGCCGAUAGCGUACUCACCCUCUCCCUGACGGGAGGAGAUUUGUGCCAUCACUCAAACACCUACAGGCAGACCAUAAUAUCCUUCACUUGCAAAGACACCGCUGACGAUUUUGUGGGCGCACCCGUGUUUGUGGCGGAGUCAGAUCAGUGCGAGUACUAUUUUGCGUGGGAGACGAGUUAUGCAUGCGAAAGAAAGACUGAGUGCUCCCCUGUACAAUACAACACGGAUACCCAGACGAACACCAAGUACAGUCUGAGGCAGCUGGCCAAGGAUAAGUCGAACUGGGUGGUUGUGCCUAGCGGUGGUACUAAAUCAAGUUAUUUCAUAAAUGUCUGCCGUCCACUUGUUCCUAUGGCUGGGGUUAACUGUCCGGCUGGUGCAGCAGCGUGCGAGAAAACCGACAAAAACGCCUAUAGUCUCGGUCGCCCUACUGGUUCACCGACAAUAGACGAGAAUGGUAAAAUCACCAUUUUGUACAAGCACGGAGACGGCACCAGGACCUCUCUAAUAACACUGACAUGUGCUGCUGGGAGCCUGGGUCGACCCCAUUUUGUGACACUGGAGAGUUCCUCAAAUACCUACAUAUUCGAUUGGGCGACAUCUGCCGCGUGUCCACAACAGGAAAUACCCAUGUAUGACAAGUGCAGUUUGUACGACAACAGCACGGAACACAUGUAUAACAUCAGCACAUUGAAGCUGUACAAAGGGGAGUCCUACAUUGAGCUGGAAGCUCCAGACUCUUCUCGCGUGCAGGUCUCUGUGUGUGGAAACUUGAAGAAGGAGGAAAAAUCCAAUUGUUUUGGGGCAUCUGUGUGUCUAGUGUCCGCGGAUGGGAAGGAAACUGCGCUAGGGUUGGAGAAGUUCCACAGUAUCACGUACUUGCACGAUGAGAACACGUUGAUGCUCAAGUACUGCAACAAAGACUGUGCUACAGCAAGUGUUACAUCGAGACUGGUGUUUUUGUGCGACAGGGAAGAGUCAAACUCUGUCCCGUACAGUCUGGAGAGUGUAGGGAAAUAUGGAGCUAAUGUCGUAUGGCGAACCCCCCUCGCGUGUCCUCCCUCCCAGACGGAAUGUCUUUUCUACAACAACGGACAAAGCUACGACCUCUCUCUGCUCUCCAGUAGAAGCGGAAAUUGGUUCUACGAGGAUAGGAAAAGAAACAGCUAUUGGUUUAACAUUUGUCGCGGAGUGAGUAACGUGGCGAUGUGUCCACCCUCUGCUGCUGUCUGUGGAAAGCUUGACUCUUCCUCUCGCAUUGUUGUUCUCGGGUACACGCAAACUCAAGAAUUCCUUUCUCAAGGAGAUAACAAGAUUAUGUUAAGAUACACCGGCGAUAAGAUCGAUGGAUGCAGUAGACCUGUGACUGUCAGCUUUCAGUUUGUGUGUGGGGCGAAAGUCGGCAAACCAGAACGAACCGGGUUCUCUUCGCCGUGCGACAUCAAAUUCCUAUGGACGACAAGCGCAGCGUGCAAGGAGCAAUGGGAGAAUGUUCACCUCCAGAAUUGCCGCGCCAAGCACCCUAUCUCCAUGGCAACCAUCGACUUCAACAAGCUGCAUGGCGAAAACUCGUACAUCAAAGUUCCUGGAAAUGGCAUCACCAGGUAUCUGUUCAACCUCUGUCAGCCAAUUCGCAACACUGAAGAAAAGCAAUGUGAAGGCUCCGAUUUGUGCAAAAUAACGUCGUCUGCAAUACCCAUGACGGCAAAGGACAGAAAGCUAUUCUACGAAGAUGAUCUUUUCCAGCUACAAAUCACCACAACUCACUCCUGCCCCACAGGAGGAUUUUACAAGUUCAUCAUUGACUUUGAAUGUUCUGAUAAAACCCCUGUGGGUACGCCUGUGUUUGAGUAUGAGUCUUCAUCUUGCCAAGUUGUGUUUUCCUGGGCGACGGCUCUUGUCUGCACUGACCUGAGUGGCCGUGUGAUUGACGAUGCAAGUAGAGCUUCCGUCUUGUCAUCCGCCGGAUCUAAGGCUGGAGUCGCCUUUGCCGUCAUCUUCGUUCUCCUGUUCAUUGCUGCCGUUGUAUUUGUUAUUCAUAAGCGCAGUCGGAGGGAAGCCUUUAUACGUUGUAUCCGGUUCAAUGUCAGAAAAAUAUUCCAUAAAAGUGAUCCAGGCGCAGCCCCUGUCUACCGAUAUCAAAAGAUUGAGGUGGACCCACAAGACGACGAUAACGACAUGCUGCUUGGUAUUAGUGACCACGAGGAAGAGGAGGACGAUGAGGAUUUACUAACAAUAUAGUCUGGUGAAUAUGAAUAGUCUGGUGAAUAUGAAUAGCGGCAUGCAGGUGGAUACCACCACAAUUAGCUUGUCCAUCCUGGAAUCCACCAAGCGUAAAACAUUCAACGUCAGGGUAAAUAAAUCACAGUUACCAGUCAUAGGGGGAUAACACUGUUAUCACUGGGGUGUAUAUCACAAGGUGGAUAUCACAGAAAAAUCAUCAUCAUACACCUCAAGUAAUCCACAACGUUACAUAAAGAGCAUCCUAUGGUGAAAUAUGCGCUCUUUAAUAAUUAAUCAGGUGGAUAUAAGUGGGUGAAUAACAGCAUUUAACAAUCCGAGCUUACGACAGUACUGGAAAUUACGGGUAUCACUCGGUGGAUAUCAGCCUGGAAGGCCCAUAUAUACAGCUUAAGUUACGUGAACAGCAUUCUUAGGUGGAAUAUAUGCCGCUAAAUCAUCAUGUGAAUAACAGUUAACGACCGCCAGCUUAAGCUGAAUGUGCUGAUAAAGAAACGGUGAAUAUGUUUUUUUGGACUAACCACAAGAGUAUGUCAUCUGUGCAAAUUGACAGAUGAAUGCACACAUCGUAAUACACGUACACGGUGUUUGAUGUGUUAGAAGCGUCAAUGUGAUAACGAUUUGGAUAGACAAAUACCAGUAACACAGUUUUUCUCGUUGAGCAAUCAAAUGAUAAGCAAUCAAUGAACAAUGCAUCAAACCAAAAAGGAACAAGCGACAAGAAAAUGAUGGUGGUCUACCAUUGCCCUUGCGGGGCGCCCAUUGCGAGCUCAAGGGCGACACAGACAACCCGAGCAAUCAAGAUUUCAUUAUAGCCAAUUAGAGCACCACUCAUAUUCAUUCAGAUCGUGGACAUUCUGUAGCAUUAAACGGACAACAAUGCA